AUGGAUCCCAACACCACCUUAACAAGGCAAAGUCUCUCCCCCUUGCCCUGCACGCCUCCAAAAACCCCUCGCCACUGCGGCCAAGGGUUUCACCCGCCGCGGAAAGCAUUGCGUGGUGACGAGGAUGGGAGUUUUACCUAUAACCACUGUUUGCUCUUGAUUCUUAACUCUGCACUUUUUGCUUACGGCACGGCGAUUGAUUUCACCUGCAGAGGAUUUCUGAGCAGAGGAGUUGGAACAGCCAUGGGCAACUCUUGCGUCACUGGUGCCUCUCCUGCACUGCUGGGAAAGGCCCAUGAUCCAGCUUUCAAAUGGAAGGUCUAUGGCUUCUCAGCUCUACUUGAUAGGGGGGCUGUAUCAGCCAAUUCUGCCAUUUUUCGCUGUUGUGGAUAUGGUUGGUUCCUGCAAGUGAGCCCAAUGCAUAAAAAAUCUGGUCACAAGACUCCACAUAUUGCUCUUUCGCUCUCGGUGUACCAAAACGACUUAAAGUCAGGUGACAUCUUGACCGCUGUGUUCGAGUUGUCAAUGUGCAACCAUUCAAAAGGGACAUAUCAUGGAUGCAAAGCUAGCUACCACUUCGAUAUCAAGAACAAGCGAUCAGAGAAACAAUGCUUGAUUCCUCUUGAAGAACUACUGAAAUCAUCUGAUUUUCUGGUUGAUGAUAGCUGUGUCUUUGGUGUGAGGAUAUUAAAGGCACAUGUCUCUUCUCAGAAUAAGCCUAUUGUGAUUCCAAAGAAGCCUAUCACAGUUCAGAACAUCUUCCUCCAGAAAAAGGGGUUCAUCAAAGGAACCUACACCUGGACCAUGAACAACUUCCUUGACAAGAAGGUCCCAGUCUGUUCUCCUGCAUUUGAAGCUGGUCGGCAUAAAUGGUACAUCAACAUGUACCCACUUGGUGACCAAUACAGCACCAAUUCACUUUCCCUCUACUUACACCUGCAUGAUCUGAACAAGAUCCCUCUUGAGACUGGGAUGGUGAUUGAACUGACUCUCUCCAUCUUGGACCAGAAGCAUGAGGGGCACUACACAGUUACAGGUCGCUUCGUGUUUGGAGUUGCAGCAAAGAUUGGCUGGGGAUGGUCCAACUUCAUUCCACUCAAGACACUCAUGGAUCCAUUUAGCUGCUAUAUUGUGGGAUCAAACUGUAUGCUGAAGGCAGAUGUCACCAUCAUCGGGUCAUCCAAUGACGGUUAG